UGUUUCUUGACAGCCAGCUGUUGCAGAAAAGUUUUUGCCGUGGUUGGAUAGCUCACUCUCUAUUCCUCUCUCCCUUUUGUGUUCCUGGUCUUGCACUUUCUUCUGCGAUACCACUCGUUUUCCUUCCGUCUUUUGUGUUACUGCUGUUAUUAUCACGCAAAGCAGUCUGACCGUCAACAUAAAAUUCUCUCUAAGAGCAAAACCUCGGAAUUUUACGGAAUGAGUUUGAACGAACAUUCAAUGCAGGCUCUGUCAUGGAGAAAAUUGUAUUUGAGCCGGGCAAAGCUGAAGGCUACAAGUCGUACUUCAGCGCUUUUAUCUGGAUUCGCAAUGGUUGCCAUGGUGGAGGUACAGCUGGAAAGGGAUAUCACAUAUCCUCCAGGUUUGCUGAUAGCUUUCAGUGCUUGCACUACAGUGCUAGUCGCAGUACAUCUCUUUGCACUUAUGAUUAGUACCUGCAUCCUUCCUAAUCUCGAGGCAGUCAGCAAUGUUCACAAUCUCAACUCUGUGAACGAGUCUCCCCACGAGCGCAUGCACCGCCACAUUGAACUGGCUUGGGCUUUUUCCACUGUCAUCGGCACCCUCCUCUUCCUCACAGAAGUGAUGCUUCUCUGCUGGGUCAAGUUUUUACCUCUGAAGAGCAAGACUAAAAACGACACCAUAAGCUCUGGCCAAGCUGCAGCGAUCGCGUCCACUUGUAUAAUGGUACCUUUUGGCUUGGUUUUUAUUGUGUUUGCCGUUCACUUUUACCGCACACUUGUCAGUCACAAAACAGACCGGCAGAUCCGAGAGCUGGAGCAAGUUAUUCGGUUGCAGAACCAACUGGACCACAGGACGGAAAAUGAUGACCUGAAGACUGUUGACCAUUUUGCUUAAAUGAUUUGCUUGCUUGAAGAGCUGUGGACUUUUAGCAGUGCUUUUGUUGUGAUGUUUUUUUAGAUGUUGCUUUAUAUACAGUCAUUUUCAUAUCUCAAGAACUGAGGGGUUAGUGAUUUCCUUUUUAAAGUUCUUCUGCAUAUUACUACAGGCAUGAGUCAUGCUGCAUUAGUUAUGUAGCUUUGAAUCUGCCAUAUCGGUUAACGGUAUGUAUCCAAAACUUGAUUAGGAAUUAAGUCAUUAUAGUCAACAUAAUACAUUUUUAAAUGAAGGAAACGUCAACGUGAAUGCUCUUGUUGGGCUGCCUAUGUUCACAAAAGAUCAGAGCCAAAAGAACUGUUUAAAACAAAUAUUUGUAUUAACGUUAUUACACGUAUUAAAACCACUUAGUCACAAAGUUUAACAGAUAUUGGUGGUAGAAGAGGAAAGAAUACUUCAAAUGAUGACGGCUGUUUUAGUUUUACAGUAGUUGACCUCACUGGAGCGGUCUUAUACUGCAUGUGCUUGCAUUAUGCAUGUAAGUCACAUCAUUUUACUGUAUAAAUACAGUAAUGUUGAGAUAUUGGUACGUGGUUGUACAUCUCAUGCUUGGGUGGAAUUAUUUUUGUAUUCAGGUAUCUCAGUUGUUAUUACAGAUGAUUGUUACUUUGAAUCAUAUUGCAAGCACAAUUUUAAAAAUUAUUGUAAGAUGAAAAAAUGUGCAGUUACAGUUCGUGCAAAGUUAUUUACCUUGACGUUCAAUAUAAUGUAUAACAUUGAAAUGUUUCUCAUAUUAAUAUGGACUUUGCUGAUGUACGAUUCAACUACAAGGAAGUAUAGUACACUUAUACUAUUUUCAAAGUUCUUAGCAUGGCUGAAAUGCGAAAACAUUAAACCAAAAACAAAAUACACAUGGUUGAGUAAUAGUCUAAUCAUAGUCAAAAUUAAGAAAUUUGCUCUUUUGUGUUAUGAGGAAUGUUUAUAAGCAUACUUUUAAGGGGCUUGUGCUAUUCAGUGAUAAACAUGGCCAGAAAAAUUGUCAGCACUUAAAAAAAAUAAUUGAUCGGAAUGCCACUGGCAACAUUUAUGCUGUUUAUUUGAUGGUAUUGAGAAAAAAUCUAUUUUUUUUCCACCUAGUGGAGGUUAUGCAUGCUUUGAGGAUGUGUGUUAGCUGGUAUUUUAUGUGUUUUAGCAUACCCACAUGAGGCAAAUUUUAAUUAACAUAUGGUAUUCAUUAGUCUUUUGGAGUAUGGUGAAUUAUGUUACUGUGUUUUUCUUGUUUUAUUUUCUGUGGGCACAAUGCCUUUGGUUAUGCUGAAUUGAAACAUGCAAUACAAACAUGCAGGUAUGCAAAUAUGAAUACCACUUACUGGGUCAUGUGACGGUCUUGGGCAAUGAGCCUCUCAGCCCACCUAUUGUGCAUUGUUUAGGAUAGAUUAUUGCACUGUGCCUUAGGUUGAGUUUUGUGCUUUAUUUAUUCCAACGGACUGUGGUUGUAUAUACAAAGGUUCCAUGAAUAUAUUUUAUCGUAUGAUGACAUUGCCGCAUAUCUGGUGAGCCGUACCAGAGUUUUUUUUUUUUUUGGCAUUUUCAAAAUAAAACACAAUUUGUGUAUUACUUAACCACAUUUGACCCAACUCAUUAUACUCCCAAUAAUUCUGUACAUGGUGUUAUCAUUCAAGAACAUGAGUAUGGCUGCAGAAUUAUUUUUAUUUCUUCUGCAAACAUUCAUUAUAGCCUUGUAGAUUAUCAUGAUAACCUUUUGGAACGGACCAAAUCGCACUCAUGAAAGUUCCAUUCUGUGGAUCAGCUGUUCCAUGUUGAGUUAACUUUUUUUGGUGGGACAAUGACAUUAAAAUAACUGCACCUCAGAAGCCUACAUCUUGAACGACUUGAGACCUGAAAUUUGGUGUGUUGGUCAAACAAAAACAAUUUUAAUAUCUUCUUGAUGGGUGAAUUGCUGUUGUGUUAACUUGAGAUUCUUCCUGGCUUGUGUUUUGACAAAAGACAUGUAGACAUGUUGAAGUGGCUGCUUGUCUGGCUAGUGUAUAUUAUGUAACAACUCAGAUCAGAGACAAGUAGAAAGCGUUACCUUCUUCAGACACACUGUAGAUCUGAGUUCUGUCUACUUCAGUUCACUGUCUUCCACUGCAGAAGACCAUAUUUGGUGGUGGUGGUGGAAACAGGCUUCAGCAUCUCUUAAUGAGCUUAUCAGCUAGUUGGAAAAAAAACCUCAACAAAUUAUUCCUUUACUAGAUGGAUAUGCUGUAUUUACAUGUUUACAUUAAUUAUUUUAGUCUAUACAUGCAUAAUAAUCAAUUAAUAAACGCAAUAAUGCUUUAGUCCCGAGUUUCUUCCCUCAUAACCUGGCCAAAAAGUGCAUGGGAAAUCAUACAAUGUCACUUCAUUACUCCAGACACACCUUUAAAAAAAGGGUUUAAAAUGUUCAAACAAUUAAACUAUCUAAAAUUCAAACGGAAAAAUAUACCUGUAUAACCGAACCUUGUUAUAACUAAAUAAUGUCGUAGUCCUUGUAUAACAGUUAUAUGGUAAAUUUAAUAGAGCCGGAUUUCACACUGUGUAAGUCGGCUGGUAAGUAAAUUGAAUGGGAAUAAACAUUAUUUCAGUUGUUGUAAUUUUUGUGGCAUUUUUUUGGUAAUAUACUGUGACAUUUCUUUCCUUU